AUGAAAUAAUAGAAAUUAUUUAUUUGUUAACAUAUUGAACACGAAGCAGAUGAUAUAUAAGGAUUUUGCUUAAAUUUUGAAUGUUAAGAUUCAAAACCUUAAUUCUGUCUACAAUGUUGUGUCGACCCUAUGAAACACAUUAAUUGCAAGAAAGAUCUAAAAGGAUUUGCUUACAUUUCAAGUUUUAUCAUGAAAUUCAAUUAGAACAUAAUUGAUUUAAAAACCUAAUUGGAUAAAUCCUUUGCAUAAGUCAAAAAGAAAUAUGAAGAAUUUUCAAAAUAAUUGGAGAAAAUGAAGUUAAAUUUUUUUGAGAUAUCUUAAUGUUUAAGUUAAUAAGAUUAUCAAUAAAUGAAAGAUAAUUUAUAAGUAAUUAAGGAGGGAUACCAGUAUUUUAAGAAUUAAGAGGAGAUCAUGAAGUAGAAUUAAAUUGGUAUUUUUUUAUUAGUAAUAUUUUUAGGAACAUAAUUAAUUAAUAUCAAAAAAAUGAUUGAGGCUUGGAAUUUUGAUACAGAAUAAUAAUAAAUACAAGGUAUAAAUGAUUAAUGCACUCUCUAGUAAGGUAUUAAGUUUUUAAUUUCAAUUAGGAUUAUAAUUACUAAACUAACAUAAAUGGUAGUAGGCUUAUGAAUUACUAUAGAAAAAUAUAAAAUACUUGGAGAAAAAAUUAUCGCUUGCAACACUCUUUUAAAGUAUUGUUAAAAUCCAUGAAAUAAUUUAGGUAUUUCUUUAAUUGAAAUGAAUGAAAUUGGAAAAGGAAUAAUUACAAGAGAUUAGGCAAAAAAGAUUAAUUGUAACUUGUAUAAAGAUUUGUUGGAUUUUUCGAAUUUAGAACUAAAUAAAAAUUCAUAAAAUACUUUCAUUAUAAUUGCAAAAAGUUAAUGAAAUCAAAUAUUUCUAUAGGUUACGCAUUAAAUGAUGAUAAGAAAUUUCAAUAAGCAAUUGAAUUAUGUGAAUAGAUUUUGAAGGGAUAGCCUUAAAAUCUUCAUGCUUUAUAUAGAAAAUGUAUUCAUUUAUUUUCAAAGUAGGUAUUUCUUUAUUUUAAUUGAAAGAAUAUGAAUAGGCUAUUUCAUGCAUUGAUUUAGCACUCAAAAACAAUCCAAAUUAUAGUAUAGGUUAUUCAAUAAAAGGUAGUUUAUAUUUUUUGUAUUGUAAUAGGUAUUUGUUUAAGAAGUCUUAAGAAAUAUGAAGAUGCAAUUAUAUGCUAUGAUAAAGCAAUCUAAAUUGAUCCUAAUGAUGCAUUUUCAUAUAAUAAUAAAGGUUUAUAAUUUUGUUAUUGUGUAGGAGAUUCUUUAGCAAAUCUCAAGAAAUAUGAAGAUGCUAUUAUUUGUUAUGAUAAAGCAAUCUAAAUAAAUCCUAAUUAUGCAUUUGCAUAUAAUAAUAAAGGUUUAUAAUUUUGUCAUUAUAAUAGGUAUUUGUUUACGAAGUCUUAAGAAAUAUGAAGAUACAAUUAUUUGCUACGAUAAAGCAAUCUAAAUAGAUCCUAAUUAUGUAAAUGCUUAUAUUAAUAAGGGUUAUUUUUUUAUUGUAUCCUAAUAGGUGAUUCUUUAACAAUAUUGAAAAAAAAUAAAUUAGCCAUAGAAAAUUAUGAGAUGGCAAUUAAGUAUUGCAGCACUGAUGAGAAAGAAUUUUUAAACAGAAUUUAGUAAAUCAAAAAUUCUUAAUGA